GGAGUACAGCAAUAAAGAACAGACCCUCUGUGAAUCAUGUCGUUUUUCCGCGUGAGUUUACAAGCGGCAACAAGCGGCGUGCAUAGAAAAAGUGAAUGGGUCUGUUGAUAAUACGAUUUACAUUAGCUGACGACUUUAGAAAAUAUGUGAUGAACGUAAAUACCAUAGUCGAGAAGUAAUUCGCAAAAAUAUGGAUUUAAUUACAAAUGGCCAUCAACACGAGGCAGGAAAUGACGACGUGUUUUCGUCAAAGCACGAGUGGACUUGGGAUAAAAAACUCACGUCCUCGUCGCUUAAAUUAUCAGACGAUAAUUUAAACGUGACGUUUCAUCCCGUGUAUAGCACUGGCACAGCCGUUGUAAAGGGUAACAAACCAUUGGAAAAAGGAAGGCAUCAUUUCUGGGAGAUCUUAAUGAUAACGCAUCUCUAUGGCACUGACAUAAUGGUCGGUGUAGGAACUGCAAAUGCAGAGCUUCAUAAUGCAGUUGAGGAUUAUUGUGCUCUGCUUGGACGCGAUCAAGAAUCUUGGGGUUUUUCAUAUAAAGGAUAUUUACAGCACGAUGGUAAGACAUGUAAAUAUGGGACGAGUUUUGGCGAAAAUAAUUCAGUAGGAGUACAUCUCGACACUUGGACCGGCACGUUACAAUUUUUUAUCGAUCGAAAACCACUGGGCGUGGCUUUUACAAGGUUGAACAACGUUGUGCUUUAUCCAUUAGUGAGUUCUACAAUGGCUCAGUGUGAAAUGAAAUUAAGUUAUAGUUGCUCAACACCAGUAUCUCUGCAAACUGCUUGUCUAGCAGUCCUGUCACCUUCGCAGAAGGCGCAUCUAGCGACAAAGUUUCCUGGUUUGCGCUAUAUUACUCAAAAUGUCUUUGCUGACAUACUACAAAAGACUAUUGAUUACGAUCAGGAAGAAGACAUUGAAUUUCCUGCAGAAUACAUUAUUUUAGAUGACUUUGAUUACGCCCUUGUAGGACUUGGAGUAAAAAGGAAGAAACGUUGUUAAAGAUACAUACAUAGAUCUGUGAUACAUGUCAAAUCUAGGAAUUUAGAAAUCCACUUUCACCGUAAGGUGUUCAGUUAGUCAUUUUAUAAAUCGUAUUUUACAAUGAUUGUGUAAGUAUAUAUCUGUUAAUAUAAAAAUAAGAAAAGUAAUACUCUGUAAGAU